GUUCAAAGGUUAAUAAUCUGUAGAGAUAUCCUGUAGCACUCUUUUUUACGGACCUGCACUGCACUGUAGCCCUCCCUAAUAUCAUCUUUGGUUUUGCUUGACAGUUGUAAGUUGAAUAGCGCAGAUGAAGUUCGUCUGACAUUAUUGUACCUCGUGACCACUGGAUUUUUUUUUUUUUUUUAAAGAUCGAAUGUUUGUUAUCGUGUGGAGACAGACUCAGUAAAACUACAAGCAGUUGUUGAAUGAUCUGAAUAUGUGUGGUGGAUUUACGUGUUCGAAAAACGCACUUACUGCGUUAAACAUUUUGUAUAUCGUUGUCGCCUUCAUUCUAAUUGGAGUUGCUGUCUAUGGACGCGCUACGCCACUUGGUGAAAACCUGCCGAUUAUUGGCGGCAUCCUUGCCUGUGGCGUCUUUCUUAUUCUCAUUUCCAUUCUUGGACUAAUUGGUGCUAUCAAGCAUCAUCAAGUGCUGUUGUUUUUUUACAUGCUGAUUCUGUUCCUGCUGUUCCUCGUGCAGUUCAGCGUGGCCUGUGCGUGCCUGGCCGUCAACCACGAGCAGCAGCAGCACCUCGCAAAGCAGGGAUGGAACAAAAUUGAAAACACGACAACACAGAUGGAUUUGGAGACAGUGUUUAAAUGCUGUGGGUUCGAUAAGGCAGACAAUACCUCUUUUUGUCCAGACUUGUGCAACACACAGAAGUGCUCGAAGUGUGUCGAGGCCCUGCAGAACACGAUCGACUAUGCCUUCAAGCUGUCCGGAGGGAUAGGCUUGUUCUUCAGCUUCACAGAGAUAAUUGCAGCCGUUGUCGCUUACCGAUACCGCAACCAGAUGAAUCUGGAAGACAAAGCAAGUGCCAUUAAUGUACCUAGGUAUAACAGCUAUUUGUAUUAAAAUGAGACGGGAACUAGUCAACUGUGUACCUCCUGUGCACUAGUGUAAACAAAUUUUCUUACAGCGAGAGAAAAACACCAUUGUAACAAAUUUUUCUUACAUUAUUGUAAUGCGGGUCAAGAUUUUGUCUAAAGAUGUGUACUUUAUGAUGGCUUGAAAUUUGCUCUUGCUGUAUUGUAAAACCAUGUUUUUACACAGGGUGUUUCAUUUUAUUGCAUUUACUUACAAAGAUUUAUCAUGUUAAGGUAAUUUUGGAAGCAUUUUAGGAGAUCUCUUUUUGUUUUAUUUAUUAGUUUUUAAGUCUUAAAUAUUCUGGUGAUAUUUAGAUACUAAUAACAAAUAUUUGUAACUGUUUUACCAAGUGUGGAUAUGUUCUUUUGACUGGAAGACUGUUGUAUCAGAUAUUUCACAGAGUUUUUAUAUAAUACAACUCUCGUUUACAUUCCUAGAAAAAGUGUCUCAUAUUAAAGGUCGGUGGAGUAAAUUGAAACACGAGAUGCAUUUUAUGGUUAGAAAUCUGGAUAUAAGGAUUUAAAUGUUAACUGUGGAAAAUUGUAUGUGUUUCAUAAUGUCUGUAAGUGGAUAGGCUCAGAGACCGACAGUUCCAGAAUAGAACUAUAAUUCUUUCUCAAUACCGCGCUUGGUUUGGCAUUAGUCACAUACUAUAUAAAUACCAAUUCACCCAGGUGUAUCUUUGCCACCAAAGAGUGGCCCGUAUUGAAAGGUGAUGUGUCAUGUAUAUGGAUUAGUUCUUAGUAUACAAAUAACACAGUUUUAUCAACAGUGUGGUAUUAAUAAAUGCGAGAGUAGUGUUGACUGUCUUCUUAACAGUCAUCACAUACCUGUGAUGUAGCCUUACUUAAAAUAUAUUGACAGUAGAACAGUGAUUAAUUCAUGUGUAUUUCAUUAUUAUGCCUAAUUGUGUGCGAAGAAAAAAAAUGAAUUCUGAGAUAGGUUCUGCAAUAAAUGUACCUUUUAUAACUUAUUUUAAAAACGAAUAAUCAAUUUGCUGGUAUACCAGUUUUUUAGCGAAAUCAUCCUUAUUCUGACAUUUUAUGUUAUGUCUCUGCUUGCAAAACAUCAGGGAAUCCAUUAAUUUUCCUACUAGAUUUUGAAUUGUUCAUUGAGACUGUCGUAGGAGUGUUGAAGAUAACAUUACUUGUAAUAGAAAUGUGAAAUAAUGUGUGUUAAACCGUUAUAACAUGUAUUUUCCAUUUGUGCUUAGAUGUAUCUGAUGGCAGAGUUGAGACAUUACGGUUCGUUUCUUCACUCUAAUGCCAUCCUACAUCGUAAUAUGCUUAAUGUUGUUCUCUCUCUUCCUUUGUCUGUCCAGUAUAGUGAACUGACAAAGACACAGGAAGGAACAGUAUUUAAUACUGGAAUCUCAUGGUGCAAUCAUAAUUUUAAAGCUGCCUAUCUGCAAACACUCAUUUGGAUUGGGCCAGCUUUGAGGCUAAAUCACCAAAAUAUUGUGUAUAAUGUAACUGCUUGCAUAUGUCUGAGCUUCUAAUCUCUUGUAGUCAUUUCUUUAGUGGUUGUGCUGAAAUACGGAAGUGUAAUUUAUAACCUACAACACUACUUUCUGCCUGAAUGAGUAGUUUCAGGCAUUGCAGUAAUUGUGUGGUAGUGUUGUUACCACUGAAUAAAUCCCAUUAGCUCUUCUGUUAUUUAAACAAAAAUCUUAUUAGCAUAUUUUUGUAUAAGUUAAAUCAUUUCAAACCUAAAAGAAAUCUUCAAUAUUUUAUAUGAACAGCUGAAUGUUUAAGGGCUAUUAAUAAAGCAUAGACAAAACAACAAAA